AUGAUGCGAAAAAAGGUUAAUAUUAUUAAUUAUAUUCAUUUAGCUUACAUUUUAUAACUCUGUCAUCGUUACUAUAGCUGAAACGAGGCUUAGAUGCUUUAGAGUAUUUCUAUAUAGCUAUUUAAAAAGCCCCUUGAUGAAUAUGAAUUCGAAGUUAGAAAAGGUAUCCAUCAAUUAAAAUUAGCAAAUACUUUAGGAAUCAAUCAACAAAUUUUUAGACUUUAUUACAUUUGAAUAGAUUUGAUGAAUGUUAAUCCAGUUAUAAUGUUGCCAUAUAAAAGAGGAAAAAUAAACCAGAAUAAAAUUCAGAAAAAGGCAAAUAUAUUUAAUAACAUUAAAGCUAAUACAUUAAGAAUACAAAAAAAAAACAAUGAAGCUUUGAUUUAAUAUGAUAAGGCUAUUGAGCUGGAUUCUUAAUAACCUAGUUUUAAUUCAGGAAAAGGUUGAAUUAUAUUUCAUAAAUAUAGCUCAUACAUUAUCAGUAAGGAACUCUAUAUUCAUUUCAUACAAGAAAUGAACCGGCUCGAAGAAGCCUAAUUAGAAUGGUAAAAAGCAAUAGAUAUAGAGUCAUCUAAUUCUAAUUAUUAUUCUGGAAGAGGUAAAUUAAUCUUUCUAUUUUAGCAUACACUUUAAGAUAGUUGAAUCGAAAUGAAGAAGCCAUAAUAUCUUAUGAUUUAGUAAUUUAAAGGAAUCCUUAAAACUAUGAGCAUCCCUCAGGAAAAGGUUAAAUUAUCAUUUUUAAAUUAAGGCUAUUCGCUAAGAUAAUAGCAAAGAAACAUAGAAGCCAUAGAUUCUUUCGAUUCUGCAAUAAGCAUCUAUGCUGAUGAUGCAUAUAUCUAUGCAUGA